CACUCUGAAUAUCACUUUGAUACACUUAUGGAUGAAUUAGAUGCUGUGAAAACUCUUGCAACUCAGUAUAUGACCAUUAAGUCUCAUUAAGUAUUGAGCUGGGUUUUUCUUGGAUGCAGACGUAAACAUGGCAGCUUCCGGUCUGGAGAUGGUCACUUGUGCAUUUUUCCUAGUUUUUGAUGUGUUAGCAGUCUAUGGAGGACGGAAAUCACUUACUGAAUCAUGGCACAAGAUCAUUUUACGUGACAAUACCUUGGUGAAACCAGAGCAUAUAUCAGAGUUCAAACCAAGGGCAUUUCCAUACCACAUUGUCAACAGGAUACCCCCACCGGUUCUCUCCAGCAGUCAAAAUGCACAUUAUGAAACAUAUCACAAACAUAGAACUACUUUUAUGAAAAGGAAAAGAGGUGCAAUAAUGAAUCAAUUACUUUUUAAACGUAGGACUAGGGAUGUCAAUUCAACUGAAGAACAAGUAUCAAAGGGCUCUUUAAGACAAAGCAAUGUUUCCAACUGGCAAAUCUCCAAUGAUUCACAACCAGACCAUAGUUUUGAUAAGUCCAAGCAAAUUAACAUAUCUAGUACUAUAACAACUACAGUGGUCAGUCCAGUGCCAUCCACCACAAUUGCACUGACUGAAACCACCAUUCCUGCAGCAAUUUUGAAUACUUCAACUCCUAAAACUGUGCCGGUAAAAACAUUGACUAGUGCAAUGGUAGUGCCAAGUACUCCAAACCAUGCUACAGCGUUAAGGACAACAACUGAAGGCAGACCAACAGAAAUUGAAAUACACAUACCUACAGUUAAACUAAAUGCAAGUAGCACAGUACCCAGCAAUUCCUCUCAGGGACUACACAAGUUCUUUUUCAUUAAAUAUAGGAACAGAGAUUCUUUUACCUCCACAGCCUGUUUAACUGGAUUACUUAUGUUACUGUUUGUUGGAGUGUGGUAUACAAAAAUGUGGCAAAAGAGAGUUAUUCCAUACGAAAAUCAUGAUGAAUCCAUGAAUUAUGUCAGUGUCAGAGAUAUUAUAAAGAGCAAAGCCAGAUUUCUGCCCAUGUUCAGAAAGAAAGUCCGUUGGCUGAAAAGAAAGAAAAAAGGUCCAAAGGCAGCAAUGAAACCACUCUUAGCAGCAUCUUCUGACAGUGAAGAGGAUCUCUAUACACAGAUCUGAUACAGUGCCUUCCAUUGGCAGUUCAUGCUAAUGGAUAUGGCCCAUUAGAUGAUCUGCUUAUAAUGACUGUGAUAUUCUUCUACAUGCAAUAAUCCAUUUUGUGCAAAAAAGACGUUUUUCUUUCAUUAGUCCCUAUUACCUUAAAAACCAUUGACAUUCUAACAAAAACAUUGAAAUUACCAUCUUCAAGGACAUACCUCUGUCAUAUGCCUAAAAUCCAUGACAACUAGACAAAAUCAUAGUUUAAAAUGCUUAAGAGACCAUAUAUAUAUAGAAUGAAUAUUUGUAAUUAGGGCAGUGGACUGGAAAGAGAUGAUGGCAGGAACAGGUUUCAUAUGGGCUAGUUCCCUGCCAUAUUGCCAUUAUUUGUAAGAAACUUAAUAUUAAGAUAAUUUUGAUAAUUUAAUGGCUAUGGGAAUAUAGUAUACAACUAACAUUGUGGGAGUUACCUGUGAUUGUCAGUUUUUUAUCAGUCAAAAUCCACUUUGUAUGUCAAGUAUUCAGAAUCCAUCUGAAUUCAACAUUUAGAUUUUAUUCAUUUUAAUUUACUGAAGGAAGCUGUAGUCAGGAGCUUGUGUAUGCCUUUGCCCAUCUCUAUUGGAUUAAUUAAUUGCGUGAAUAUCAAUUUCCUUGGCCAAAAAGUUUGUUUUUUGCAUAAAGAUGGAAACCUAAAGUAAUCCAACUUAAAGGUACACUCCAUGAGAUUAACCUGCCAAAACUGAUUUUCCUGGGAAAAUAAAGUUUUCUCCUGCCAGCGAGUCAUUUAUUGGUACCUCCCUGAACUUUGAUACUGAAAAAAAAAAAACAUUUUAUGGGGUUGAAUAAGUUUUAAUGUUUAAGGUUUUAUAAGCUGCGGAUGGCAAAAAAAAAAGCAUUUUGGGGAUUUCCAAAUCCAUGGAUUGUACCUUUAAUAUUUAAGGUUCAUUUUCAAAAUAAUAUUCCAAACUAUUCAAAUUUGAUUCCAAUGUAAAAUCACAUUAAUUUUUUUUAUUUGUGGGCAAGAUUAACAAUAAUAAAACCUUAAAAAGAUAAAUGAAGUACAAGGUCAUUAGUUUCAUCAGAAUGCAUUUUAUGCAGUACAUGUUAA